UGUCGGUUGCGGUGUCUACAGAAGCCCCUCAUUUAAAACGCAUCAAUUGAGUUCUGCUCGACAACUCCGACCCAUUCCGCCGAAUUAGAACACACUUUCCUUUCAUUGGUGGAUGUUUCUUUGUCGAAACAUGGAAGAGAACCAUAAAAAUUGUUUUUCAAUUUGGCGCUUUUACUCAUAAAUAAUGGUAGCAGUCACCAUUGUUUCAUUUGUGAUUGGCUCCUCCUAAUUCAAUCUUCUUUUCAUUCGGUGCCGAAAAUCAGAUAGACCCAUUUGAAAACUUAAAACUCAAUACCAUGCUUUACUUCAUAAUUUCUUGUGUAUCAUUCAUCCUCCUCUCCAGGUCUUUCACUCACAAGCCACUCCCUCCAUGGAAGGGUGAGAUGAAGCUGUUGUUACCUUGGUGUUGGGGGGAGUUAUCAAGUUUUCUUGUGUCCUGGAUCAAGAAAAGAAGGCUUGCUAAUAUUUCCUUUCAAGUACCCAUGUUCAUGCCAUUUAAGAAGAUGGGUCUCAGUUCAAAGGUAGAGAAUGUUGAGGAAGAUGAUAGUUCUCUCUUGGAUUUGCCUGACCUGGCCUUGGAAUGCAUUCUUGACCGGCUUUCGCCUUCUGCGUUAUGUAAUAUGGCAGCAGUCUGUAGUUAUUUGAGGGAUAGAUGCAGAACAGACCAUUUGUGGGAGAAACACAUGAAACACAAAUGGGGUAAAUUGAUUGGUGAUGCUGCUUAUCGAGAAUGGCAAUGGCAUGUAGCCACAAGCUCAACCCUCUUGGAUCAAAGCAAGAAAAAAGGGUUUUUCGAAUCCCUCUCAGGGGUAUGGGCUUUUUCUUGGUUUAGACCCAAGUUAGAAAGCAGCAGCCACUCAAGGAGUUAUUUACAGGUUGAUUCGAUCAUGGCUUGGUAUCUCUCUCUUGAAAGUGGCAAGCUAUGGUUUCCGGCUCAGGUCUAUAAUCGCGAGAAUGGUCAUGUUGGUUUUAUGCUGUCAUGUUAUGAUGCCCAACUCAGAUAUGAUUCGCGGACUGACACUUUUCAGGCAAGAUACUCACCUCAUGGGCGGCGGACAACAGAGGAAAAUAUACAGUGGGAUAGGCUAAGAGCACCACCAGUUGAUACUCCCCCGCAUGUUCUUCAUGCCUCUGAUUGUUUGAGUGACUUGAAGCCCGGAGAUCAUAUUGAGAUCCAGUGGAGAAGAAAGAAAGAAUUCCCACAUGGUGUGUUUCUGAACCAGUAUGCUUUUAUGAGGUUUCUGCCUUUAAUUUCAACAGCUUGCUAUGCAGCAUCAGGUUGGUGGUAUGCUCUCAUUGGUCAUUUGGAACACUGCGACGGGAAUGAGGAUCACUGCCGCUGUCAUCAUAAUGUUUCUCAUGUUGUUGACAGACAAUGUGAUAUUGGAGUUCAACCAGUAUACUCCUGGCUCACGAUGGAGACGGAUGGUGAUAAACAGGAAGGAGCAUCAGGAGGAAGGCAAUGAAGCAGAUGGCUUUUAUGGUGGAAUUAGGAAGCUUUACGACAAGGAGGAGAUUGCAAGGUGGAAGCGUCUUUGGCCAGCUCAAAUCUUGGGAUAGAAUAAGGAAUGUCCACCCUUACUCAUGACUACUUUGUAAAUAAGCUCCCUCUUGUUUUUUCUCUAGAGUUGUGUUAAAAAGAGCUCAUAGUCAUAGAAGUCAUUCAAAGAGGAUGAAGAUUAGGCUUGAUUAUUUCGGUUCUCCACAGAGAAGCCUUGAACAGAUGCAAAUACAGUGUACCAUAUAUUACCAUAACAUUAUAAUUUCCCAAUGAAAGUUUUACUCAAAUA